AAUGCUGGGAGGGGGUACUCAGGCUGUGUUAGCUAAUGGGGGUUGAAUGCAUCUGGGCGGGGCUGAUAGAUGAACAAUAACAUCAUGACCUCAUAGAGAGAAUACGCAAGCAGGGGAGUAACUGAGACAUACUAAUGGAGAGGGCUGGCCUUCACACAGAGAGAGAGAGAGAGCGAGAGAGAGAGAGAAAGGGGGGAAGAGAUAGCGUGUAUGCUUAGAAGAGACUACAGCAUUGCACCAACCCCAAAGGAGGAUCUCUUCACUGAGGAUUUUGGAAGAAUUGCCUUUCUCUUCCAUUACAUCCAUCCAUUUUCCUUCCUUUUUCCAGCAUUACCCACUGGCAGCGAUACACACUCCCUGCACCAGGCUGUUCUUCCGGGCAUGCUACUUAAGCCCAAGUAUGGCCGCUUUCGCAACGACUCUGUGACCUCCUCAGACGACCUGAUACAGAGCUUAGCCAUGAGCGGGAAGGUGGUAGCCACAGCAGUGGCUCCUUCUUCAGUACCAAACUCACCAGUGCCACCUUUGGAGCCCACCAUCCUCACCCCACCCUUAGUCCAGGCGUUGGCUGAGUCUCCUGGCCUGGAUGGCGAACAGGACAGUGCCACCACCUUCUGCAUGUUAAUCCCCAAGAUGCCCCAGUGGAAGUUCUCCAACUCGCUGCUGAGCUGCAGCCCUUCUAGCAGUGCUAGUUCCAGCUCCAGUAAGGAUUCUAGCAAAACCUCCAUCGCUAAGGCAUCCCCAGCCACCUCAAGUAUAGCUGCAACCUCCAGUGGUCCCAUGACCAGCCUCGCUGCUGCACUUAACUCCUGUGACCCUGUCUGUAUGGGUCCCUGUUCCCUGCAGGCUGUGAGCAGACAGAGGGUUGUUGUAGGCACAGCUAGUCCCAGUGGCUUUGGAGGUACAGAGACAGCAGAGGGGAAUCCAAGCAGUGCUGGGAGCUACCGCACAGGCAUAAACCGCAGGACCAGGGUGGAGGGAAUAUGGCUUGGUGGAGAAGACCUUAGCCAAAAAGCGAAUUUCAUCCAUAGGCCUUCGCAGGGCUGGCUGCACCCAGACAACAAAAUAAGCAGCACAGGGGCCUCCUUCAUUGUCAAGUAUCUAGGCUGUAUUGAGGUGCUUAAAUCAAUGCGUUCACUGGACUUCACCACCAGAACACAGGUGACAAGGGAGGCUAUCAACAGGCUGUGUGAAAUAGUUCCAGGAGGGAAAGGCGUGUGGAAGAAGAAGGCUGCCAACAAGGCUCUUCAUGCCGUCAUGGGAAAGAGUAACUUGCAUUUCGCUGGCAUGCGUAUUGCUAUCAACAUCUCAAUAGAUGGGCUGAAUUUGCUUGACCCCACCACGCGACAGGUGAUAGCACAUCACCCUAUGCAGUCCAUCUCCUUUGCUUCUGGAGGAGACACGGAUACACCUGAUUAUGUUGCAUAUGUGGCCAAAGAUCCUGUCAAUCAAAGAGCAUGUCAUAUUCUGGAGUGCUGUGCAAACCUUGCACAGAGCAUUAUCAGUACGAUCGGCCAAGCCUUCGAGUUGCAAUUCAAACAGUACCUGCACAGCCCACCCAAAGCCAUACCCAGCCAGGAAAGGAAUGUAAGGACAGAAGAGUCAGCGUGGGAUGAAGAUGACAUGUUUUUGGAACAUGAUUACUACAACAGCAUUCCAGGAAAAGAACCUCCACUGGGAGGAGUAGUGGACUCGAGACUCAAAACACCAGCGGCCUUGCUGGGCCACAUCCACUGCCUGCCGCAGAGCAAAGCAGCACAGCCUGGAUCUACAGCUAGGAGAGACAUGGCCUCACUACCUGCAGCUCAGCUGUGUUAUGAAGUGCAUUGGGACACGGAGAACUGCAGUAGCUCAAGUGUGACAUCUGAUGGGUAUUUGAGAGCAGAUGGACAUCCUACUAGUAGCCAGGAUUAUGAGGAGCACUUAUAUGUGAAUACACUGAAUCUGAACAACACAAGACCAUCAUCAGAUGCACAGGAAGAACGCAGCCCUGAGAGCCCCAAAAAAGACAUCUUUGAUAUGAGACCUUUUGAAGAUGCACUGCGUCUGCAUGAGGCUGGUAGUGUGUGUUUGCUGGAGGACAAGUGGCCAAGUCCCCCACAUCGCAGAGCCCCUAUAGCCCCUACUGAGGACCAGCUCUGUCAAGAAGCCUGGUAUCAUGGGCGAAUGAGCCGCCGUGAUGCAGAGAAGCUACUGAUCCAUGAUGGAGAUUUCCUAGUGCGGGACAGUUCCACUAACCCAGGCCAGUACGUACUGACAGGGAUGCACUGCGGCCUGCCGAAACACUUGCUCCUAGUGGACCCAGAGGGAGUGGUACGCACUAAAGACAUGCUGUUUGAGAGCAUCAGUCACCUGAUCAACUAUCACCUGAGUAACAAGCUGCCCAUUGUAGCAGCUGAGAGUGAGCUUCAUCUCCAGCAGGUGGUAUACAGAAAGCAGUUACCACCAAUCAAACAAGUGUAAGUGUGUCAAGAAUAAAAGACAACACUUCCACAUGCCUAUCUUCACAUAAAGAACAAAUAGUGGUACAAUUAGUUUGUAUUAAUAACAGACAUUCCAUCCUUUAAUGAAACACUGUAAAUUAGUAAAAUUGCCCCCAGGUUUCAAAGAGGGUAUGAAUUAGUGUGCGCGUGGUGGCCAGCAAUGGACUGGCAUCUCAUCCAGAGUGCAUUAUAUUCCCACCUCACAACUAGUGUUCCCAAGCAGCGGCUCCACCGCAGUCCUGACCAGGAUAUAGCGGUUACUGACAGUGAAUGAGUGUAAAUUAGUAUGAAUCCUGUUAUUGCUCUCAGGUUAUAAAUGAAGCUAGGCAUCAUUGCAGCCAACCCUGGGUCCCUACACCUUUGCCUUAAACACAGAUUCUAAACUUUUAUUGAACAUUAGUAUGUGUGAAUGAAACUAAGUUUCCAUCAGCACCUCACACACAGCUGUCAGCAGAAUUCAGAAGUAUAUGAAUACUUAGAAAGUGCUGGAAUUAAAUUAUACCAAAAAGGCACAAGAUUUUUACUGUGUUAAAAAUUUUGCUGUAAGAAUUUUUCUCAGGAUGCAGUGUUGCAGUGCUGUUUUUUACGUUUAUUUCUUUACAACAAAUGGUCCAUUGAACUCAUAGAUUUAGGUAGAAUGUUAAAGAAAUUCUUUGAAGGGACUCCGUUACCCACAGAUGUAUUCAUAGUAGUAGUUUAAAGUAUUUAAAGGAGUUGUUUGCCCUCUUCAACAUUUUAGUAAUUUUUUGAAAGGGCAAUGAAGUGAAAUGAAAUUAAAUUUAAUACAAACAAUAAUAUUAAAGUUCAGAUGGCCCUUGAUAUCUAUCUUUCCUUCUCCAGCUGGAAAAUUACCAUUUACCUACAGUGUGUUGUUUGACACAAGUAGUUGUACUUUAUGACAGUUACAACCUGCAUAAAUGUAAGCUUUCAGUUGAUUUUGCUUACUGUCCUUGGCAUACCUCUUGAAAUCUCAAAGAAAAAGCAACAGAGAACAAACAUCUGUUACCAAAAUUUUAUGGCAAUCAAGAACCUUGUUCUUUGCUCAGAAUGAUUGUCUAGCAGGCUAAUGCUAUAAAGCUAUCUUAAAAACACAAAGCUUAAAUAAAGAGCGUAUGACAAAAUUCACAAGUGUGGUUUCCAAGACGUUGCAUACUUGUUAAAUAUAAGCCAGAUACAGUGGGUAGUUUAUUUCGGUGUGUGGCACACUGCAGGUAUGAAUAUGAGCUUGGCCGUCAAAAUUACUCUGAACAGCGAAAGCAGGCCACUAUGGGCUCAGCUACAGUUAUGCCUAACUUUCUGUAACAGCUAUAGCUGUUUCUAAUUUUGUUUGUUUAUUUUGUCUAUUGAGUUGGAGAGAUGCAAAAUAUAAAUAUCAAUUAUUCUUUGCUCAGAUGUUAUUAUUGCUUUAUUAGAUGUAUAAAUGGAUAUUUUGUAGGUGGCAUUGUGAGAUGUAUGUCCAGUUGUGAAAGGCAUGUUCUAUUUAUUUUUUCAAUUAUUAAGAUCAUCCAUUAAAUGACACAUCUGAAUUAUUUCAAGCAUUAUAAUUAAAAGCAUAACAAACAAAAAAUAGUACAGUACACCUUUAGUUUCACUCUCCACAGGUACCACUUUUCUCUUCAGGUCUAUUUGCCAUAGGAAUCAAUGUGGAUGAUAAUUCUGGCAGAAUAAGUGGCACUGCAUGCGAUUUAAAUGCCAGUUUGUCAUGAAUCUGUUCAGCAGCUCUCUAAGCAUAUUUAUGUAUCCUUUGAAGCCUAAAUAAAAAUAUUUUUUUGUCUGA